UUAAUCUAGCUAUGUUCACACAAGUACAAGAUCGAAGAUAUACUAUAGUAAAGACAAGAAUCGUAAAUUGUAACAAGUUGUGGCGAGACUAUUGCCAAAUCUGGUCACACAGUGUGGUGCCCACACUAUCCACAGCCCACAUUGAUGAUCAGUGAUUGAUCAGAGAACGCCAUUAAAGAUGGCGGAAGUAUCCUUAAACAACGAUGGGGAGGAAUGUCCUCCGACGAAGAAAAUAAAAGUAGAUGCAGAAAAUUCGUCCGAAACUGUUGACAAUAUACACGAUACCGAGAUUUGUUUGUCCACGUUUGAAAUAAAUAAAAUUCUACAAAACAAUUGCUUAAGAAAGCAAGUAUGCGUGGAAGGUGUAUUUAAAGGACAUGAAAGGUCUAGUGUUAUUUUAUUCGAGAGGCAGAAUUUCUCUGACGAUGUACUAUCGUUGAAAAAGGAACUAUUUAAUAAGGACACAAUAUUACGGAAACUUUAUACCAACGAUGUUUACGGAAAUUACCAUUGUUCCCUAAGCAAAGAAUAUAAUGAGAUAAAUGUGAUGGUUAUACAUCCUGCAACACCUAAACAUAUCGAAAAGUUCAAAAGAAAGGAAUUGUAUAUUGUGGAUGAAACUUAUGAACUUUAUAAGAAAAUUACUCUUCCGCAUAUAGAAUCCAGCAGCUUUUCUUUACAGUGGAUAUACAAUAUUUUAGAGCAAAAAGCAGAACAAAAUCAAGUUGUGUACGAAGAUAGAGAUAAAAACAUUGGAUUUGUUUUGGUGAACGAUUUGAAAUGGAAUGGAGAACUGAACACAUUGAAAUUAUUAGCACUUCCUUUCCAAAAGAUUCGAUGCAUAAGAGAGUUGAAUGCCUCCCAUAUUCCAUUGUUAAAAAACAUAAGGGAUUCUGCAGUGAAGGAAAUUUCAAAGAAAUUCAAUGUAUCUGCUUCUCAACUUAGGAUAUAUUUACACUACCAACCAUCCUAUUACUAUCUUCAUGUACAUUUUGCAUACCUCAUGUUCGAAACUCCAGGUAUUUAUGCAGAAAAGGCGCACCUUUUAUCUGUUGUGAUAAGAAACCUUGAAUUGAUGUCGGAUUAUUAUAAAAAAGCUGUUCUUUCGUUUGUGGUCGCUGCCGGAGAUCCUCUGUGUAUUAAGUUUCAAAAGGAGGGAGUUUUGACCGAAGUAAAGUCUGAAUCCGUAGAGGAUUAAAAAUGGUACUAGAAAAUGUAUUAGAACGCUAUAUUUUAUAUACGUUAAUAUAUGGAAGUAAAUACAUUACGUGCAGUAUAUAUUAACAUUUUAAAGAUAGAAGAAAAUAGGUAUUAUUUACGAUCGUUGCAACCUAGUCAUAUAAGAAUUUUACAAUUAUAUAUUUUUAUCGUACGAGCGAUGUACGAUAGUGUUCGUUUAAAUGUCCCAGACUGAACAUGGAUAUUGAAAUGGGAAGUUUAUUCCAAAAAUUGGCCAGCUGUAGUUCACGCUAUCAUACGUAAAUAAAUCCGUCUGUUGAUACAGAUUGUAGAUAACGCCGAGGUUCGACUCGAGCAAGGAAUUCUAAGAAGUGAUGGGAAACAACUCGACUCAUUACUAUCAGGGGUGGGCGGGUACGGCGAGAAAGAGAAAUAUUUCCAGUGGAAUAUGAUAUCAGUCUGUGCGUAAGGUACACGGACGAACCCGAUGCGAAAUUGGGGAGUCACUAGGUAACAUGAACUUGUAGUUGGAUAUUUGGAAAAUGAUGGACGAACCUGAUGCGAAGUUAGUUGGCCUCGUAACUUUAGGUUAAAAAUGUAAUAUAAUUCGAGCAGUAAAAUUAUAUUACUGUGGGAUCGUUUAACUAUAAUCGCUUAAUAUAGCGAUGGGUUUAAGAAUUGAGUAACUCUGUUUAAUAAUGAACACUAUGUAUAAGGGUAUUCGUGUCAAAAACUUAAGGGGCGAUUCUAGAGGUUAAGAUAAGGCGAAAAUCAAGAGUAGUAAAUAUGUUAAUCGAGGCUUCGUUUAAAAGUUAUUAACAUUUAAAGAUCCGCCUGUAGAACGGCAAUCUGCGAACAGCUGUGAACACAUCGUAGGCGUGCAUGCUCGCGUGUGGAUAAUUUUUGGGCAUACUAUUGUGUAUUCGAGGUGGCAUUCGUUCUCUCUGUGAUAAUCUCGUCGGGUGCACAU